AUGACGAUUCACUACGACGGAUUCCUGCUGGAGACUCCCGGGUGUUCGCUGCCCCUGUACGACCCUCACCACUGGAUAGUCCGGCGGUUUUUCGUCGAGGAGGCCCCGUACGAAGCCGUGUGUGCGAGUCGCAACCUCACUGCCGUUGUCCGGGACUUCGACAGAUUUACGUUAGACGCCGGGGCCCUUCGUCGCGGCUACAACGUCUCGGAAGGGGACAUCCGCUGCUUCUACCGAGAGGUGUUCAGGGACGAAAACGCGAGAGUUCCUGACACAUCGAUCACGCUCGGUCCUUUUGUGCCGCUGCCUCUAGGGAGUCCAGUAGAAGCACAGUACGUGCAGAUCUCUUGCAAGACGAACGGAAGCCUACUUUUCCAAGACUACUUCUUCGUACCUCGACCGAAGAAGCGCAACGGGUCCGUUCAUGGUCCCACGUCGAAGGAUGCUACUUCCUCACGGAACAUGAGCAGUUCCAUGAACAUCCUUAUACUGGGCGUGGACUCGACAUCGCGAAUGAACUUCCACCGUCAUUUGGAACUAACGCGCAAGUUCCUGAAUGAAGAGCUGAGCAGUUUCGAAUAUCUCGCGUUCAACAAGGUCGGAGACAACACUUUCCCAAACCUGAUUUCUCUGCUCACUGGGCUGGCUGGCCCUGAAGCAGAGAGUCUUAUUGUUAGCUCCGAGACGGUCGAGGCGCUUCCGUUCGUCUGGAAUUUGUACAAGAGCAGAGGCUACACCACACUGUUCCUCGAGGAAAUGCCUCACUACGGCCUCCUCACAUACCCGAACUUCCCUGGGUUCGCACGCGCGGCUGCAGACUACUAUCCCACGUCUAUACUACGGCUAAUGGAUGAUAUAUAUACCGAUAAGCGCUACUGCAUGGGUUCCCGAUUGAAGACGAAGGCGCUCAUCGAUUACGUAAGCCAGGUGCUGAAGAUCAAUCGGCACGAGCCGAUGUUCUCUUUUGUGUGGCUUGGCUAUCUCACUCACGACCACUUAAACGGGUUGAAGCUCAUGGACGGAAUACUCGAGGCCUUUCUCCGAGAACUCUCCGUUCACGGCGUGCUGGAGAACACGGCACUGUUUUUCGUGAGCGACCACGGCCCUCGCAUUGGCCCGUUCAGGAUGGGCGAGAUCGGUCGCUUUGAAGACAAGAACCCGAUAUGCAUACUGGCGCUUCCCAAACGGUUCCUGUCAGAACACCCGGAAGCCGCCGUGCAGCUGGAGGUCAACCAGCGCCGUCUGGUCACGCAUUACGACUUGCACGCCACGUUGGUGGCGCUGUCCAGUCUCCCGGUUCUCGGGAACGGUUCCACGAACAAGGGGCUGAGCCUCACGGGCCGAAUACCGCCCGAGAGAACAUGCGCGGACGCCUUCGUGCCGCCGGAAUUCUGCGCGUGUUUCGGAGCCAGCCGCAACCUCGGGAACGAGAGAGUGACCUUGUCGUUCGCCCGCUACGCCGUGUCUUACAUCAACGCCCUCGCGGAACUGCACUUUCCCGGCCGGUGUGUCGUGUACGAGCUCGACAGCGUCGACGAAUCUUCGGUGCUCGGAGGUCGCGUGGCGGGCAAGGUGUUGCUCCGCGUCUCGAUAACCACGAGGCCGACUGCCCACUUCGAGGUGUACGGAGCGCUGCGCGGCGAGUCGAACUCGCAGGAGAACCGCGUGGACUUUCUUCAGAGACUGGACUGGUAUAGAAACCAGACCGAGUGCCUGCCGGAGAGCAGGUGGCAGAAGGUUUGCACUUGCAGACCGCAGCCGCUGAAUGCAGGUAAAUCUGCGCACUGA